AUGGCAAAGGGGUGGCCUGCUUGUCUAUGCGCUGUAGCAGCUGCUUGCUUACUGGUAAAAGACGCUUUAAAGUUUACGCUGGGAGGGAAUCUGACUGUUUAUGUCCCUCAUGCGGUUUUAGCUAUAUUAGAACAAAAGGGAGGGCAUUGGCUAACACAACAAAGGAUGGCCAAGUAUCAAGCCAUUCUGAUCGACAGCCCAGGGGUAAAGUGUAUGGGGUCCACAAAAUGGAACCCAGCCACUCUUUUGCCUGAUAAGAGUCCUCUUCUGCAUGAUUGUAUUGAAACCAUAGACAUGACAUACACUGCCUGUGCAGACUUACAGGAUCAACCAUUAGAUAAUCCUGAAGUGGAAUUUUGGACAGAUGAGAGCAGUUAUAUGGUAAAAAGGAAGCGGUUCACUGGUUUUGCAGUUGUUACUCAAAAUGCUAUCAUAAAAGCCAGAACGCUGCCCCCAACAUACUCUGCACAGGCUGCGGAACUCGUGGCUUUACAGCAAGCCCUGGCUUUAGCAACAGGCCAACGGGCAAACAUAUACACUGACUCCCGAUACUCCCGAUAUACACUGACUAAAAUCAUGCAGGAGACCUCUCUGAAAUGGCCCAAUGCUCUUCCCUUGGCCCUCCUGAGGGUCAGGACUAGCCCCCGGGGAAAAUGGAAACUCAGGCCUUUUGAGAUAAUGUAUGGGAGGCCUUACCCUUUGUCACGUCCCAUCCUGGCUGACAAAGCGAGGGUGGGGGAUGGGUUAACAAUUGAUUAUAUCUCCUGCCUAGCUGCCUCAGUCUCACAACUUCAUCGUGACCUAAACGAGAUACGACUGGAAGGACUGACCGCCCCGCUGCAUCCUUUCGUGCCGGGAGACUGGGUCUACAUCAAGGGAUACAAGAAGGAGCCUCUCGUCCCGGUCUGGAAGGGACCCUUUCAAGUCCUUCUAACCACCCAAACUUCAGUGAAAGUCGGAGGGGUAAAGACCUGGAUCCAUCACACUCGCCUGAAGCACGCUGAUGCACCACCCCUUGUGGAAGCUAGAGAUACAGCAGCUCGUGAUGAAAAUCUUUGGUCGGCCGAAUUGGGCUCUGAUCUGCGCAUGCUUUUCCGCAAAAGGCCAGCCCAACGUGAUACACCCCCUCCGUCGCCUGAAAUUGAAAGGGACGAAGCUGAUGUUGCUCUAACCUUGCCAGAAAACGAACACAUCUAAACCGCUUACCGGGUUGUUUCCUGUAAUAGGGACCUGGUGCGGUCUCCAGUGUAGGCAUAAGUCCGGGUUGCUCCAUGCUAAGAGGGACCCGGUGUCCUGUGACACUAAACUCUGCUUUACGUACUUUCGGCUUACUAGAACCCCAAACUCUCCCGGUUGAAGCCAUCGCUGGAAAGGACCGAAGACGAGGCUGAGGCAGGACUGUGACAAUAUUCUAGUUUUAUAUGUGUGCAUUUAUAUUUUCUUUCUUUUCUUCCACUAAUUGCAUAUAUGUAUAAGAUCCUCACCCCAUCUGGGCUCCCUUUUUAUAGUUACUGGAUUACCCCAUAUUUAGCUCCUGUCUGUUGCCCUUGCCCACACUACGCCCGCCAGAUAUAUAGCCUUGCAGUAGGUAAUAUUACCGUAGAAUAUCUUACAAUCUUUCAACGCCUUCCCACUAGCCUUCUUCAGUGGGGCUCUAAAAUUGUGUCCGCAUUAUACGGGGAAUUAAAAAUAUACGGGGACCAAAUUUCAAUUGAGGAUUCAGCCACCUAUCAGACGAACCCCUGGUUCCCCAAGUUUGAUUGUUACGAGUUUGUGUGUACCCCGGUGACUGCACCUCACCUGUUUUGGUCUCUAAAUGACCUGAUUUCACCAUGUCAAUGCAGCCUGGACACCCUAGAAUAUCCCCAAGAUCCCUACUGUCCCUAGGCCUCCUCUUGGGAUUCCUCCCAACUUGGGCUACUUCCCUAGAACACCCCCUAUGGGAGCCCAAAUGUCUGACACCACUCACUUGCUUCUCAGGAACUAAAUGACCUUACUGUUGGUACAAGGGGUAUCAUAAACAAGGUGAUAGCCAGACUGGAGCUAAAGGCAAUCAGGAUGUAAAUGGAUGGCUAACUUUGCAUUUACAACUUACUUUGUUUUGGGAACAUCCUGGAAUGUUUGGGAACUUCUAAAAAUGCUUGACGUGUGUUAAUUUGUUGCAAUCCUAAAUCUUUUGAAAUGUAUAUGACUUUGCUUUGAUGUUACCCAAGAAGACCCUUUAAAACCUUGGACCUUUCAACAGUUCGGGGCAGCUCUCAUCACUAGUGAGACCUGUGCUGGCUUAGAAAUAAAACUUUACUUUAUUCUCUCAA